AUGCACUUCCUCUUGACCCGUGAAGACUUGAAGUUGCAACGACAACAGUCGUGGGCUUGGUUGUUUAGAGAGUGGACGUUUAAGGUCGUCGUUUCAGGCUGGGAUGGUGCUUGUAUUGGGCGUCGCGAACUGAACAUACACUGUGGCUCCUGGCUCGUUUUCAACGGAGAUGGCUAUAGCGUCUCGUAUCCCCAGCGCCGUUCGGGUUAUGUAGCCUCCAGACUUGUCUCAGGUCCUUGCUCGGCUUGUGAUGAGGCCUUGUUGCCCUAUAAACCCAGCGCCUUCCCUACAAACCGAGUCUGUCGGCGUCUUUUCCAUAGAUUCCUCAAAGCCCACAUCCUCAGUGACUUCAUCAUCAUCAUCAUCAUCUCCCUUCCAGUCACCAACGCGGGACAUCUCGGCAGCACCGGCUUCACCAUUCCGAAAUCUGCUGCUCUCGGCAGCGAUCGUCUAGGGAAUCUCCUCCAACACAAGGACAUCAUCUCUCGAGCUUCAGCACCACUGACAACCAUCGUCAGCAACAGUUGGAUCGUUUUUAUUUUGACUAUCUUUAUCUGUAUAUACCCAACGCUGUCUGCUUGGGUCUCUUCUCGUUCCUCAACUCCCCGCUCUCAUCCUCCCUGGGCACCUGUCGGAUCUGUCGUCGUCUUCAUCAAACACCUCAACUUCAAUCUUCACUUGCUCAGCUGCAAGCGGGAUCCGUGUAAACACACAUGCUCUCCAAACCCCCCGCUGCCCAACCCCAUCCUGCAUGGUCUCACCUUGUGUCAAUCUCCACCACGUGAUCAGCUCUUAAGCAUCUCGAUAGGCACUAUCUAUCCCACCCACCCAUCAUCAUCAGUACUUUGGUGUGGGCAAGUCCUAUACCUUCAACCCUUGAAAUUAGAUCACCACGUGGCCGAGCGAUCCGUCAAAGACUGAACUAGAAAUGUACGUGUUGACGUAUUGAAAUGAUUGGCUGUCGCCUGCCACCAACAAGUCUUGCCCUCUUUCUCAUGGCCCUUCUUCCACCAACAGAAGACGGUCAUCCAAAUUCGAUCA